AUGAUCAUCAAUAAGGGUUAUUUACAUUGCCACAAUGUUUUAGGCUGAGCAGUUUGUAGACAAUGUAUGUAUGUAUAUGUCAAACUUAUAGACAUCAUUUAAAUUUCCAAUUUGUUUGCAAUUUUCAGGGAGUGCCGUCGUAAAAGAUGUGGACGUUUGAGGAGAAGUGUAAGGACCAAGUCUCUUUUCUCAAACUCACACUGUAGUCUCUUCACAUGGAUGUACAUUCACAGGUAAUCAUUUUAGGUUUUCUCCAACUCCAGUAUUUCACAGAUUACAGCUCUAGGUUCAGAGUGUGAAAUGUUUGUACAAUUUAAGCUGAAACUAUAGUUGCAAGUUGCAACAGUAGUUUUUCAGUAGAAAAAGCUUUGUGACAAAAGUAGACUUACGGAUUGAUCAAACAAGCACAUAUUUUCUUUGUUUAUGUAAACAGUUCUGAUUCAAUCUUUGUUUUCUUUGUAGAUUUGCACAGGGUUUGCAGCUACGGCAGGUAGACAUGCUUCAGGAUGGCAUCACUAAAAGCACUGCAACACUCUCAAUGAUGUCUAAAAAACUGCGAAGAAUUUGCCUAAAAAGCCUUAAAAGGCACAGGAAAGAAAAAGGCCAGAAAAUCGGUGGAGUCAACGCUAUCGUCCACAUUGACGAGAGCAAGUUCUGCCAUAAGCGCAAGUACGGAAGAGGGCGCUUCGGGAACAGCUGGAGGAGAAAAAGGACAUGGGUCUUUAGAAUGCUCCAAAUCAAACGGUCUGACAGGCGUCCUAUUCUUCGCCUCGUGCAGAGACGAAAUAAGGAGACCCUUGUUCCUAUCAUCAAAAAGCAUGUGAAGCGUCACAGUCUCGUCGUAGGUGAUGAGUGGAGAGCGUAUGCCGGUCUCGCCACAGAGGGCUACAGGCAUGUCAGGGUGAACCACAGCCAACAUUAUGUUGACCCUCAGACAGGACUCCAUAUCCAGAACCUCGAGAGAGCGUGGAAGACCUAUAAAAAGGAAAUUUGGAGAAUGCGGGGGAAUCGGUCGGAGAAGGCCUUGAAAGAGCAGCUCUGCUUUAUUGAGUGGACCUACUGGUUAGCGAGGAAAAAUUCAGAAGGUGACCUUGGCAGGCUUGUCAAGGACAUAAGGCGCUCCUAUCAGACAUAGGAAGCAGAGCUUGGCAUUGAUCAAAAUAAGCUGAAAUGGACAGAGGAGAAAGGGGAGUGUUUUAAUUUAUUUUUAAAAGAAAAGUUUUUGUUGUAUAUGUUCAAACGGUUUAUAGUAUUCUUGGUUCUUUUGACUCUUCAAACUCUUCCUUUGUAAAAAGAGUUCUGUUAAAGUUUAGUUUUUUUUUUAAUAAUAAAGUUGUUUAUUUCACUUUGCGGUCAUCCAGUGUUACUGAUCAGUUGAGCAAAACGUGUCUCUAUUUUGUACAGUUACUAGUUUGUAGUUUGUCUACUGUUCUCA